GCAGAUCCUGAGCUCCUGCCGAGGCCUCACCAGCUCCGCUCAAGAUGCCGCCAGCCAUCGGAGGCCCCGUGGGCUACACCCCUCCCGAAGGCGGCUGGGGAUGGGCCGUGGUCAUCGGAGCCUUCAUCUCCAUUGGCUUUUCCUACGCCUUCCCCAAGUCCAUCACAGUGUUCUUCAAGGAGAUCGAGGUCAUCUUCAACGCAUCCAGCAGCAAAGUCUCGUGGAUCUCCUCCAUCAUGCUGGCGGUCAUGUAUGCAGGAGGCCCCAUCAGCAGCAUCCUGGUGAACAAGUACGGCAAAAACCCCCGCCCCUUCUGGACCGCGGGCCGCUGCCUCUCGGGCUGCGGCCUCAUUGCGGCCUCCUUCUGCAACACCGUGGAGGAGCUCUACUUCUGCGUCGGGGUCGUGGGGGGCCUUGGACUUGCAUUUAACUUGAACCCAGCCUUAACCAUGAUUGGCAAGUACUUCUUCAAGAAGCGUCCCUUGGCUAAUGGACUUGCUAUGGCAGGUAGCCCUGUGUUCCUGUCCACCUUGGCACCCGUGAAUCAGCUCUUCUUUGGCAUCUUUGGCUGGCGAGGGAGCUUCUUGAUCCUUGGUGGUCUCUUGCUGAACUGCUGCGUAGCUGGAUCUCUGAUGCGGCCCAUAGGCCCCAAGCCAGAUCAGCUGAAGAAAGAGGCUACUAAAGAGGUGCUGCAGGAAGCUGGGAAAGCAGUGAAAAAAGAUGAUGGAGCUGGUGACACCAACACAGACCUCAUUGGUGGAAAGUCCAAGAAGCAGAAGGGCACACUUUUCCAGACAGUCAACAAGUUCCUGGAUCUGUCCCUGUUCACGCACAGAGGCUUCUUGCUCUAUCUGUCGGGCAAUGUGAUCAUGUUCUUUGGACUGUUCACUCCCUUGGUCUUCCUCAGCAAUUAUGCAAAGAGCAAGAAGAUUCCUAAUGAGUCUGCAGCCUUCUUGCUCUCAAUCUUGGCCUUUGUAGACAUGGUAGCCAGACCUUCCAUGGGCCUGGUUGCCAACACCAAGUGGAUCAGGCCCAGAGUUCAGUACUUCUUUGCCAUCUCUGUGAUCUACAACGGGGUGUGCCACCUCCUGGCCCCCAUGUCUACCAGCUAUGCUGGAUUCUGCAUUUAUGCUGGGUUCUUUGGCUUUGCCUUUGGCUGGCUUAGCUCCGUCUUGUUUGAAACCCUGAUGGACCUCGUGGGAGCGCAGAGGUUCUCCAGCGCCGUUGGCCUCGUGACUAUUGUGGAGUGCUGCCCGGUGCUUCUGGGACCCCCUCUGCUAGGUAAACUCAACGACAUGUACGGGGACUACAAGUACACAUACUGGGCCUGUGGGGUCAUCCUCAUCGUGUCUGGCAUCUACCUGUUCAUCGGCAUGGGUAUCAACUACCGCCUCGUGGCCAAGGAGCAGAAGGCGGAAAAAAAGAAAGAGGAGGAGACCAACCUGGACGAGGCCGAGAAGCAGAAAGAGGCGAACAACGAUGUGGCCACCCUGCCGCAGAAGACCACGGAAGACGGCGUCAAAGAGGAGGAGAGCCACAUGUGAGGGACUGGUUUU